AUUUUUCUUGGUUAGGAACAUCAUUGAUGGAUAAGGACUUGCACUCGUACGCGCUCCCAAACUAAGCUUUCUUUCUUUCUUUCUUUCUUUCUUUCUUUCUUUCUUUCUUUCUUUCUUUCUUUCUUUCUUCAUCACCACCCUGGAUACCGCUUGCUCUGCACUGCGCUGCCUCCCCUGAGACAUGCUCCUCUCCAGAAGACCCUUUUCCUCGCGCACCUGCUUUUGACUUUUGAGCCUCGCUGGAUGCACGAUGAGCGCAGACUGCAGCAGUUACUACAAUGCGGACAAUGAGUUGAUGGCUGCAUUUAGUUGUCCAAAACCCGACAGUGACGCCGGGGCCGUUUUCUGCUGUGGCUUCAACGACAUCAAGUAUUGCUGCGACGACCCCAACAGCUUCUUCCCCUACGAGUACGGCUACAUGUGGUGGCUCAGUGUGGGGGCGCUAGUGGGUCUCUCCAUCGCCGCAGUGGUCUUGCUGGCCUUCAUAAUCACAGUCUGCGUUCUUUGCUACCUUUUCAUCUCCACAAAGCCCCACAACAGGCUGGACAAUGGGUUGCCGCUGCACACUCCAGGUGCAGACCUCAACACACUGGAAGGUUCCAGUCACAACGGGCCCACCAGUGGACCAAAAGGAUUCCGGAAGCACUUUCUGAGUCGGCGAUUGGACUGUGACAAUCAGCCCCAGGACCCUGAUCGACUCUUUCAGCGAUGCUUCAUGGCCACUGUGACCACCAUCAAUGUAGAGGGACCAUCCUAAAAGGACAGGGCCAGGCGGGGGUCUCACUUUCUGUAAUGGAGGAAGGGUUUCUUUCCCUUGCUGAAAAUGUGCCUGUUCAUUUAUCUUGAUUGUGGAGCUCUGACCUCCUAUCCGAAGACUGGUGCCUGAAAGGUCUUUAGGGGGCAUGUUGGACUUGUAAACCGAGAUUAUGGCUUCUUUGUAGUCAGCUGAAGCUUCUCUGGGGGAAUUGGGCCACAGAAGAUCAAGAGAGCUUGUGUGAAAUGCAUUAAAACCAAAUAUGAGAAAACAAAAUAGUGACAUGUAAAUUAGGGUGGGUGCCUUGGGGUUAAGAACAAAAAGAUGAUAAGUUACAAGCGAGAGUCAGGUGACUCAGUCCAUCGAGAUCUCCUGUUUAAUUCAUAUUUCCUUUUUUACAAGUAAAAACAGUUCUGCUCAUCAUGCUGGCAAACAAAGUGUCUUUUUGGAAGCUGCUGGACCUACUGAUACCAACUGUAGAGUUCCACCAAGGUGACUCUUUCCUGUGUCGUGUAUUUGAGCCAACAAAUGGCGUGUGGACCAAUAGAAAUCAUUAGUCCAAAUGUCACUUAGAGUAGGUGAAUCAUGGUCACUAACUUUAUUCCGAGGUUCAAUGUUCAAUAUCAAUGCUCGAAUAUGAGACACUGUGCUUUGUCAUGGGAGGGUCCUAAGGUGACCCUAUUGUUCCGGUGUCUCUUUAGAUCAGGUGUCCAUAAUUCUGCUGUACUUACCAUGUAUAGGUGUUAUUGCCUUACAGUGUAGUAGUACAGUGUAACA